AUGGAGCAAACAUUAGCCUUAUCUUGUGAUGGAUGCGGCUUCUCUUACCAAUCGUUUGAAUUACUCGCGGAUCAUCUCAGAAACCUUUUGUCUGAUAGAUAUCAUCAACAGCAGACAUAUGUCUGUACAUGUAAUAGCAACUUGCUAUACAAUAUCCAGCAAUAUAUUGCGCAUCUUUCUCUUGAACAUGAUGCGACAAAUCAACAAAGUAAGAAGUAGUACAACUCAAGUGUAUUAUUGAUAGGCUCUUCUGUUCAAAACGUGGGUAGAAGGAAGUACAUCUGUCCAGAAUGUUCGAGAGAGUUUGCCGACAAGAGUAAUAUGAAAAAACACAGGAAAUUGCACUCAGGUAUUUUAAAUCCAAAUGUUGUUUGAAUAUUUAGGUGAUAAACCCCAUGAAUGCAAUAUCUGUAAACAUUCAUUUGCCAAAAGAAGUAACCUGACCCAACAUCUGGCAAUGCAUCAACGCUCAUCAACGGAUGUCUUUAAGUGUGCGGUUUGUGAAAAGGAAUACUUUUCAAAAUCGGCAUUAAAACUUCAUUUUCGAGUUCAUACAAAUGAAUCGCCCUUCAAGUGCAAAAAAUUGGAAUGUGACUUGGCAUUUAGGUUCGUCGUCCAACAGCCAUCUUCCCCGUCCAAUACUUACAAUAUACAUAACAUUUACAGAACCCGGAAAUUAUUGAACUCUCAUGUUAACCGGACACAUUCGUCGGUUGUGGGAUCAAACCAACGUUCGUAUUCCCCUCAUUCGGCGCAAAAAGUUGUAAGACAGAUAGCCGAAUUAAGUGGAACAAAGAUUUCUGAGGACCCUCCAUUGAAGGCCUCGGCUACCUCAGCUUUUCAACGGGUGUCUAGUGGAUCAAACACGUCGGCGGCUCCAAGGAACCGGCUUCAACGUCGAGCAUCCGAAACUGUAGCGCCAACAUCGCAGAUGAUAAGGUUUAAUAGUAGUGUGGACAUAUAA